UUCUCAGAGAUGGAGAAACUGCUACAAUUAUAUGAUCAAAGGAAGAUGUUAGCUUGGUCGAAAUCGAUCGGUCGAUGUACAACUUCAUGCGUAUCCGUUUUGCUUACUCAAUUUGUUCUCUUUUUGGUUCCUCUUUUUUUCUCAGCUUCUCCCCACCUCAUUCAACUUGCACUCUCAGCUUCUAUUUUGCUUAUGGUUAUGGAAUUUGGAGGGUGGUGUAGACGGCUUCUAGGGUUCAAUGCAUCGGCUCCAGCUUUUGUGUUCUUCAGUAUAUUUUUAAUUUCGGGUGUUUAUAUUGCUAUUGUUCGAAAAGCAAUUUCACGUGUUAUGGACAUUGCUUUCAAUGGACAGAUGAUUAUGCUCAUCAUUGGUUUAUGUAGGAUCAUGCUAAAGGAUCCUGGUUUUGUGGCACAAGAGUCGUUCUGUAUGGAUGAACUUGAUGGAAAUUCUGUUCUUGGUGUUAGAACUCACGCAGAGAGUUCUCUUUUGCAAAUGAGAGUAAGAUACUGUAAGAGCUGCCAGACAUACGUACAGGGUUUUGACCACCACUGCCCUGCUUUUGGAAACUGUAUUGGUCGGAAAAAUUAUGUACUCUUUAUGGUUCUUCUGGUUGGAUUUAUCACUACUGAAAUUUCUUACGUUGUUUGCUCAUCCCAGUUUGCCUCAAAGUUUCAAGUUUCGAAAGAAAUUAGCGUGGAGACUGGUUCCAUUUUAGUAAUGGCAAGAAGCACAUUGCUUUUUGUGUUCUCCAAGUGCUAUGGCAGGGGCUGUUUCUGAUAUGGCAUGUCUAUUGCAUAUGUUUCAAUAUCAGAACUGAAGAGUGGGUAAACUGGAAGAAGUAUCCAGAGUUCCAACUUAAUGCUUCACCUUUACCAGGUGAUAUAUUUUGUAGAACCAAGUCUUAUUCCUGGAUAUCCAUGAUUUAUAAUGUUCUAUCAUUCUAAUUUUUAUUCAAUUGGCUGCAUCUAGGAUUGACCUGUCAUGAUAUGAGGUUUAAAAAUCCGUAUAAUAAAGGAAUCUAGCUAAAUGUCAAGGAGUUCUUACCCAUGAAAUGAUGGAAGUGUUGCUGCCCAUCUUGCUCCUGGUGCAUUCCCUUGUUGUUUUGUCUCUCAACUUUAGCUGCAGUUGUCGUUGGCGACAGUCUUCACUUCUCAAACACGGGGGAACAGUUUAGAUAUUUGGAUUUUCAGGACAUGCCUUUAGAAGGUCAAUUGGAGGUUGCUGAUUAGGGUGUGUGGCACAUAUGGUGCAUGGAAGUACGUCUGUCAUAUACUGCAGUUAGGUAUUGUCUCUAAUUUUGGCCAUCGAUAGGGAAAUAGUUGAACUGGCAAUUCUAACCACCAAUUGAGAAAAUAUUUACAAAUUGAGUUAGCUGAGAGAAAAUGAAUA